CGCCAGUCCAGCCGCUGCCCGUUGCCGCCGCGGAGCAGGCCCUUGGCGAGGAGGCCGUGCUUGUGGGGAUGCCUGGAGGAGAGGCAGUGUCGGAGCCCCCGGCCGCCCACAGCCCCCUGGAGAAAGCGCCCAGCACCGCCAUCCUGUGCGCUACCUGUGGCAACGUCUGCAAGGGAGAGGUGCUGCGGGUCCAGAACAAGUACUUCCACAUCAAGUGCUUCGUCUGCAAAGCAUGCGGCUGCGACCUGGCCGAGGGCGGCUUCUUCGUGCGCCAGGGCGAGUACAUCUGCACACGGGACUACCAGAGGCUCUACGGGACCCGCUGUUUCAGCUGUGACCGGUUCAUCGAGGGCGAGGUGGUGUCGGCGCUGGGCAAGACCUACCACCCGGACUGCUUCGUGUGUGCCGUCUGCCGGUUGCCUUUCCCGCCUGGGGACCGUGUGACCUUCAACGGGAAGGAAUGCAUGUGCCAGAAGUGCUCUCUGCCCAAGUCCGUGGGCGGCAGCACGCACCUGACGCAGGGCCUCUGGAGUUGUGGAGGCUGCGGCACAGAGAUAAAAAACGGCCAGUCCCUGGUGGCUUUGGACAAGCACUGGCAUUUGGGCUGCUUUAAGUGCAAGACCUGCGGGAAGGAGCUGAACGCGGAGUACAUCAGCAAGGACGGGCUGCCCUACUGCGAGGCCGACUACCACGCCAAGUUCGGCAUCCGCUGCGACGGCUGCGAGAAGUACAUCACGGGGCACGUGCUGGAGGCGGGGGAGAAACACUACCACCCCUUGUGUGCGCUGUGUGCCAGGUGUGGCCGGACGUUUGGGGAAGGCGAGGAGAUGUACCUGCAAGGUUCCUCCAUCUGGCACCCGGCGUGUCGACAAGCAGCCAGAACUGAAGACAAAAACAAGGAGACCCGCACGUCCUCGGAGAGCAUCAUUUCUGCGCCUGCCUCCAGCACCUCGGGGUCUCCCAGCCGUGUGAUUUACGCGAAGCUGGGCGACGAGAUCCUCGACUACAGAGACCUGGCCGCUCUGCCUAAGAGCAAGGCCAUCUACAACAUCGACCGCCCCGACAUGAUCUCCUACUCGCCCUACAUCAGCCACUCGGCGGGGGACAGGCAGAGCUGCAGCGAGGGGGACCAGGACGACCGCUCCUACAAGCAAUGCCGGACCUCCAGCCCGAGCUCCGCCGGCUCGGUCAGCCUCGGGCGCUACACCCCGACCUCACGGUCGCCCCAGCACUACAGCCAGCCAGCUGGUACUGCGAGUGUUGGUACCAGUAGCUGCCUGUCCCUGUCCCAACACCCAAGCCCUACCUCCGUGCUCAGGCAUCAUUACAUCCCCUACUUCCGAGGCAGUGAAAGCGGCCGCAGCACCCCCAGCCUCUCGGUGCUGUCCGACAGCAAGCCGCCCCCCUCCGCCUACCAGCAGGCGCCUCGCCAUUUCCACGUCCCAGACACUGGCGUAAAAGAUAACAUCUAUAGGAAACCCCCCAUCUACAAACAGCACGCCUCCAGGCGCCUGGAUGGGGAGGACGGAAGUUUUGACCAGGAUAACAGGAAGCAGAAGGCCAGCUGGCUGGUUCUCAAGGGGGACGCGGGCACGAGGACUAGCUCUCCAGACCUGGACGGCCAGUCCCUGUCCCACAGUAGCGGGACCGACAGAGACCCUCUCCAAACCGUUCCAGGAGACAACUUUUACUCACGGUUCCCCUAUUCCAAAUCUGACCCUCUCCCAGGACUUGGGAAGAAUGGCUUGGACCACCGGAAUGCCAAUUUGGCCCCUGGCGGAGCAGACCCGGAUGCCACCUGGGGCACGCGAGAAUACAAGGUCUAUCCUUAUGACGCCCUCAUCGUAACAAACCGAAUUCGCGUGAAACUGCCCAGAGACGUGGACCGGACGAGGCUGGAGAGGCACCUGUCGCCGGAGGAGUUCCAGGAGGUGUUUGGGAUGAGCGUGGAGGAGUUCGACCGCCUGGCCCUCUGGAAGAGGAACGACCUGAAGAAGAAAGCCCUGCUGUUCUGACCGCUGCCCGGGCUCUGACUGCGCGUGGCGGGGGCGGGGGCGGGGGCACCGGCAGGGACCACGCAAGCCCCUCCUGUUGCACUGGCUCUGGCUUCUCUGUGUCCUUGGGGCGGGUGGGGCGCCUGGGGGCUGGGGGUGGGAUGGGAGCAGCACCUGUGCAGGAGACGCUCCUGCUUGUCGCUUAGGGCCCAGGCGCCCCGCCUGGCACCGCCCCUUCCCACUGUGCUUGGCCCCAGGAGAUGCUGCAGAGUGGCCGCCGGGGGUGGAGGGACAUUCAGACAGCCCCAGCCCGCCUUCCGAGGCCCCUGGGGGCGCAGACGUGACCGGGACUCGGGGCUUGAGUGACAGGCUCUGACACAAUCACUGGUGGGGGCGCAGGGCUCCCAGUGCCCCUGGCCCCGCCCGCCGCCCCCCAGCCCCCGAGGCACAGCCUGGCUGGCCGCCCCGCAGCCUGGGACGCCCAGGGCUGUGCCAAGCGUGGGGUGCACACGUUUUGCUGCCGUCCGUGACCGAGUCUCCUUUUAGGGACAAACGUCAACCUGACAGGGUACCUUCCUUCAGGGACCUCUGUGCACUGCGUUGUCCUUUCAGAUCCUCCCCUAGAUGCCUAAACGAUACCUUGAAAGGAACACAAAAGUUUUAUUUUAUUAAAAAGCAUAGCCUACUUAAACGUAAGGUGACACAUAUACAGAGUUUAGUUUUCCAGUCCCGUUGAGGGAGCGCUUCCGCCUUAGCCCCCCGCCCUCGCGGUCCUGAUGUGUGUGGUCUCGGCCCCCGGGGUGUCCCUCAGGCGCGGGGCUCCUCGUCUGGUUUCCGUUUGCUUUCUUUCACGCCUGUCGCACAGGCGCCCUGAAAGGCAGGCCCUCCCCCGUCACCCCGCCUGUAAGUACCCAUGACGUGUGGACCCACGGCUGUUUCCUCGCUGUUAUUUUCUGAGAGGAGGGAGCUCUGCCAAAGCAGGUUUCUGCCAGGGGCUUCCGUGUGCCCGGCCUCACGCCCCACGUGUUUUUGGUGGUGUAGCAGCGUGUCCCACCUCCCCACAAUGGGACGCAAACAUGUGGCCCCGGAGCGGUGCCCGAGACAGACACCGACCCUCGGGGACAGAGCGUGGGACGCCUGUCUGAUCUGCCGGGUCCGCAGCACACGCCGCCUGCUGGGUGCCGGGUCUGCCGCACAGUGUGGGUCCGGGUGCACUGCCGGCCGCGGAGCGUUCGCAUCCGCGACGGGUGUGGAGAGGCUUACGCAAACCCGAAAGGGGUGACCCGCGUCUGUUCCCCGUGUUCUGUGGAGCUGUGUCUUGGUGUGUCCUGGACGUCCCGCCUGUGAGUCAGUGUCACUCAGCUUCCUCCCAGCCCCGUAACACGCCACGUCCCGUUGCGCACCCGGCUUCUCACCAGCCCGGCUUGGCCAGGGAAGGGGAAAUCUCAGCACCUAAUGCGCUUCCUUCCUUUUAGCAACCUGAGCCCGAGCAACUGGAAACCCCCACCUCCUCCUUAGUGCAAUGUCAUGUCGGUCCCAGGGCAGCCUGGACAAAUAA